GAUAUGAGUAGCGGCAGCAACUGCACAAGCCAUCUACUAGCAUUGGGGAUCCCCUCCGUGACGUUUGCGUGGGGACUGUGGGCCCUCUUAGGGGUUGUGACAGUGCUGCUUCUCGUUUCGCUGGCUGUACUCUUGUCCCAGUGGACCAGCCGUCGGAGCAGGAGUCAGGAGGCGCAGGGACGCUCCGGAGAGUCCGUGGAAGAAAUUCCCCUGUAUGGGAACCUGCACUAUUUACAGACAGGACGGCUGUCUGAAGAGCCAAGGCCAGAAGGGCAGGACCCAUCUUCUGGAGGCCCUGCCAGGGCUACGGAGGAGGCGACGUGCUACACUAGCCUGCAGCUGCGACCUGCACAAGGUCGGAUCCCCAGCUCUGGGACCCCCAUAAAGUACUGUGAGGUGGUGCUGGACUCUGAGCCAAAGCCCCAGGCCUCGGGCCCUGAGCCGGAACUCUAUGCCUCAGUGUGCGCCCAGACACGCAGAGCCCGGGCUUCCUUCCCAGAUCAGGCCUAUGCCAACAGUCAGCCUGCACCCAGCUGA